CAAGCUUUGUUUCUGUUUUGUUCUGACGGUGCUCCCUGUGUUUCAUGUGAGAACCGUUCUGUGGUAGUGAAAUGAAAGACAGCCGUUUCUUACAAAAGUAACACGUCGGGACCACCAUGGCGAGUAAUGUGUGUAGCCACGUGAAGGUGGUCGUUCGGGUGAGGCCAGCCAACGACGCUGAGAAGCGAGAAAACUGUCGACAUGUGGUCCAGGUUGUCGAUAACCACAUGCUCAUAUUUGACCCAAAGGAACAGGACUCGUCAUGUUUUCAAUCACAAAGACAAAGAGUGCGAAACAGAAACAUCAACAAGAGAGCUAACAAAGACCUGAAGUUUGUUUUUGACCAAGUCUUUGACGAGAACUCCACUCAAGUGGACAUUUUUGAGAACACCACAAAAGGCGUGCUGGAUGGUGUGAUGAAUGGAUUCAACUGCACAGUGUUUGCCUAUGGUGCUACUGGAGCAGGCAAGACCCACACCAUGCUGGGCUCCCAGGAUGACCCAGGGGUCAUGUAUCGCACGAUGAAAGAGCUGUUCAAACGCAUGGAUGAUGCCAAGGAUGAGAAGGAGUUUGCCGUUGCAUUCUCGUAUCUUGAGGUUUACAAUGAACAGAUCAGAGACUUGUUGGCAAAUGUCGGCCCUCUUGCAGUGAGAGAGGACAGUUCUAAAGGAGUUGUUGUUCAGGGCCUGUCACUGCACCAGCCCAAAUCUGCAGAGCACAUCCUCGAGGCUUUGGAUUCUGGAAAUCGAAACAGGACACAGCACCCCACCGACAUGAACGCCACCUCUUCCCGGUCCCAUGCUGUAUUUCAGAUAUAUUUGAGGCAGCAGGACAGAACUGCCAGCCUGAAUCCUAACGUCUGCAUUGCCAAAAUGAGCCUGAUUGACCUGGCAGGCUCAGAGAGAGCUAGCGCUACCAACGCUAAAGGGGCACGCUUAAGAGAAGGUGCUAACAUCAACCGCUCACUCCUCGCUUUAGGAAACGUCAUCAACGCUCUGGCCGACCCGAAGAGUAAGAAAGCUCAUAUACCGUACCGGGACAGCAAGCUGACACGGCUGCUUAAGGACUCUUUGGGAGGGAACUGCAGGACGGUUAUGAUUGCCAACGUCAGCCCCUCAUCUAAGUCCUAUGAUGACACCCACAACACGCUUAAAUAUGCCAACAGGGCCAAGGAGAUCAAGUCCUCGCUGAAGAGCAAUGUCGUAAGCCUGGACAGUCACAUCGGUCAGUACGCAGUGAUAUGUGAGAAGCAACGGCAAGAGAUUGUACAGUUGAAGCAGAAACUGAAAGAGUACGAGACGAGGAGCAUGGCGCCUGGGGCUUCCAACAUGAUCUCCUCCCAUAAACAAGCAGAGCUGAAAAGGGUGUCAGAAGCUCUGCAGCAAAUCUUCUCAAGCCGAGCCCAAAUCAGGCGAGAACAGCUGGAUCUGGAGAGACAACUGAAGGAGAAUGAGCUGCGCCAGCGCUACAGCGAGGAGGACAACCUGCAGGUCCAAUAUUUCUGUGCCAAGGAAAAGACUGAGAAGGCCACAUGUAAGCACGAGCGGAGGAUCGCCAGCUUACGCACUCAGCAGCAGCACGUCUGCAAACGUCUCAAGGAGGCAGAGGCACGUUUUCUGGAAAACGAUGGUUGGCUGCAUCGUGUCGAAAACGAGAUUAAGUUGCUGAAGUCAAAUGAUCAGACCUCGGAGGUGUUGGAGAAGGAGCUGCACUGCCACAGGCUGGAGCUGCAGGUGAAUGAUCUCAAACAACAUAUAAAGCAGAUGGUCGAGCUCACUGCACUGCAGGAUCAGGAGAACAAGCGCAUGCAGAAGAUGGUGAACUUAGUGCUGCCAGCUUACAGUCAGCACUACGCUGCGCUGCGUGGGGCUGGGCUGGCCACAGGAGCAGACGAGAUGGAGAACCACGAGCUGGAGCACCUGGUGUUGAGGGAGAGGGGCGUGGUCUGGGCUGACCAGGAAGGGGCGGGGCAGCAGCUGAAAGGCGCAGCGACUGGCGUAGAGUCGCAGGAGACAAAUGAGGCAGGAAACGUGGGGCUCCGCAGCGAGCUGGCACCUGUCCUGUCGUUCUCACACCUGCUGUAUCACCAGAGUAGCCCCUGCAGUGCAGAGAGGCUCACAAGAAGAUCGUCGUUGUGCAGCGCUGCUCCAUCACCAAAAGGCAGAGGAAAUCAGACACAUGUGAAACAGGAACCACCACCCAAGAUGCCUAUCAGGAGAAACCUGUCUGCAUUGCUUCCACCACAAAGCCCGCGGACCACUGCCAGGAGCCAAGUGUUUGAGGAGGGCAUGUGCCCCAUUCAGUGCACACCAGAACCCGUGCAGGCAACUGUUGAGUCCAGACUGCUGAGCUCCUCCUGUACCGUGGAUCCCAACAUGACCUUUGAAGUUGCAGACAAAGAUGAUCACACUGUGUGUAAUGAAACCAUCAUAAUUAGCACCGGCAGUCCGUGUCAGCCACCAAAGUCCACCCAUCUGUCAGGUCCAAGCCAACUACGGCACCCUCCCAAGGCCAACGAGCUGAACCAGGUUCCUAGCAGAAGGCAGCAGAUCUCGUCGUUGCAGGACGUGAGACGAGCCAACCCGACCUACAUGGGCAUGACGUCUGCAGCACAAGGAAAGCGAAAAUUUAACCGCAGCAUCAGAGAAGAGCUAACACCGGGUCUUUCUGCACCGAAGCGUAUAAAGAAGGACCCUUCAGUGGCUCCAGCUCCCCUCAGAGUGCACCGCUUUGCUGGUUCGGAGAACAGACCCCGGAGAGUUGUGAGGAGCAUUUCUGAAGGAAAUCUCAACCUCCUUGAACCUCAGAAAUCCAGAUCUAUUUUCUAUAAAACAUCCCAACAUCUAAAGCGAGUGGCCAAGCGGAUGUGAAGGACCGGUUUGGCCUGUAUGAACAUUCUCACGCUGCGCUCUCAUCCGUCCACAUUCACCCUUUAGUUCUCUCACAAUGCUGUGGUUUGCUCUGUGGGUUUCUCCAGCAGAUGUGUAGGAAGAUGGAACGUAGUAGAAACUGUUGUCUUUCUCUCAGCAGAACGUUCCCUGGAUGUACAUAAGCGUCGCAUUGGUUUGGUCGCCUGUCUAUUCUCUCUCUGACCGACUGAUUCCAUCUGUUUUUUAGAGUCUACAGUAGCGUACACACCAACAACAAAAAUAAAGCCGCCUGUCCUGUGCCGGCUCUGUGUUUUAGGUACAUUACGUACUUUGAACUGUCGUCUUUCCGGUGACCACACUUCCCAGGGCAGCUACAAUAAAACUGCUCAACUCUGAGCUGUUUGUAUUUUUAUGGGUUUCUUCUGUUUUUUAUCUUGUACAGUUACUAACAUGGGCUUGUAGGUAUAUGAUCAUACAAGUGCUUGUAGCAGAAUUUGCCGCUGUUUUUCAAUAAAUAAGUCCUUUUCAAAUGUAA